AUGAAUAUUUCAGCUCCCGAACUGUCCGCUGUGCUGCCUUCCUCUCCGUCAUUGGAGCAGCAGCAGACGCCGUUGUUGUUUGGGCGGCAUGCACGGAGCAGCAGAGGCGGCAAGAGGAACAAGCAUGAGACAACCACCGCGCUGAUGGCUUCCAUGCCAGAGAUUGGCAUCAGCACCGACAUGGACAGCAGUGCCGCCACACCGUCCUUGGGAGUAUCACUGGACAGAAUCGUACCCACUCGAGCACGCGACGCCGCCGAGUUUGCUCCCUAUUUGAAUCCCAACACGACGACGUUGCCACACAGUGGCGGUAAUGCCAAACGCAAGGGAUUACGAGGCAAAGUGAAGGGUGCUCUACGAAGAAUGGUGUCCAACGAUGAGUCGGUGUUUUCCCGCACCAAUCUGGUCUUUCGAGGAGGAGGAGACAAUGAAAGCACCACCAGCCAUCUCACCAACAUUCACAGCACACAUUCUGGAACGAGCAUUCCCGUGGGAACCCACAACGACGCUGCUUUGGACAGUUCACCGCCACAACACAAACCCGACAGCAGCCCCGAAAAGGCAGCACCUCACAGCCCCAAGCAAUCAUCAUCCAACAAUCUCACCAAAAAGUUCAUGGGUGCCAGUAUGCGCCUAUUCCUCAACACUGUGGCACCCAUGAACUUGUCUCCCAAACCGGGUUCCAGUAGCGCAAAGGUUCGCCGGCAUCAACGAUUGGCUUCGGGAGAAGAAGAACGCAGCAAAUCCCCGUCGAUGCAACGGCGCCUCGAACGACGACGCAGAAACAAAAAGAAAAUGUCCAAAGCCAAGGGACAUGCAUCCAUGCCAGAACAGCAAUCGGCCAACCCAAGACUGCGGCGGCGUCACAAACAACAGUAUCGAAGGAUGCGGACACCCACCACCAUUACGCCCGCUGCCAGCAAAGAAGACGACACACAUCAUGAUGCCUCCGAUGCGCAUACCGCCAAGACUGGAAACACCAACAAAACCACCAACAAAGCGCUGUCCAGGACAACCAGCAACAGCAGCUACAAACCAAGGGCUCGAUCGGCUCCCAGAUCUCGUUCUCAAAAGUUGAUUCAUGUGCAACAAGAGGAUGCCGCGGUGCCAACGGUACCGGGCGAUGCAUUUCUCAUGUCGGUGCUGGAUGAUAUUCAUGCCCGCAAGGCGGCGUCGGGAGAAUUGCAAAUUGUUCUGUCGGGCGAGGACAACAACCAUAACUCCAAGGUAGAAGACGACCUUGACGACGACGAUCAAGAAGCACUGCUUCCCAAGCGCAUCAAAAAGACCAAGCAGAACAAGAGGAACAAAAAGCCAAUUGCUCGCAAGAAACGAACCAAAAAGGAAUCUCCAGAAGUCGCAAAGUCCGAAAAGAAGGAGACCAAACAAGAAGAGGCGCAAGUUUCCUUGUUGUCGGCACCAGAAGAAGAAGAGCAAGAAGAAGAUGCCAAGAAGAACAAGGAAGAUGGUGAUUCCAUUGGUCAAGCAUUGCAAGACAGUGCACAGAAUGGAAGCGAUGACGAGGAAGAAGGAGGUUUGAGAGCAAUGCUGCACAAGCGAGUAGUGCAUCGCCAUACGAGCGAUUCCGUCAAUGGAUGGGGAUCCAAAUCGGGUCUGAGGGAGAGCUUUGUGAGUCAAGCGUCGUCCAAGGAGCUGGGUGAUUUUGAUGUUGACGACGACGGGGAGCAAGACGAGGACGACACUGAAUCUGAUGGCAGUGACGAGGCAGACGAAGAAGAAGACAUGCCUCCCUACUUGGUCGCAAUGAUGGAACCUGAAGAACCUCAGGAGCAAGGGCAUGUUGAGCCGCAAUUUGUCAAAGAGGAAAGUAGCGACCAGAAAGCCGAAGGCGAUUCGAUCCUGCUGGAAAUGGCACAAGAAGACUCCGUCACCCCUCUUGUCAAUAAGAGUGGAUCAGAACUCAUGGCUGAGGUUGAAAAGUCUUUGAAAAACUUUGAUAUCAAGAAAGGCAAAGGGCUGCCCUUGACCGAGAAGGACGAUUUGUUGCACAACUUCAUGGUGACGACACAGGAAGACCAUGCCAUACAAGAAACGCCGUCGGCAUUGACAGAAGAAGUGGAACCGUCGAUUGAUCCCGCGGAGCUCCUCCGGGACGCGGCCGAAGACUCGUUCACGGCGACGCCUGAUUUCAAGUUUAGCUUCUCGAAUGUGGUUGUGUCACAGAACACCGAUGGUUCUCCUUCCUCGUUGGACGACACUGCCGUCUUCGAUAUCAAAGCCAAGGUGAAGAAAAGAGAAAUGGAGAAGAAGAAGAAGCUUAAGCGCCCCUCCGGCCUUUUACGAGGUCAAUCCAUGUCUGAUCUUCAAAAGGAAGAACGAAGGUCGGUUGACAACGCUGGGAAAUUGGACGAGCUCCUGGAUGGCACGGACUUCUUUGAUGAGCUUCUGAACUCCUUGAUGGCUACACCAACACAGCCGGGGUUUCCCGCAAGUCCUUAUCCUCGCAAAAUGCCUCUUCGUCGACCCACGUUGUUUUUGGAGCCCUCUAAUGUGCCCAUUGAUGUGCCUCUCGCCGAAAGAAGCGUUGGCAGCGGGUCAAGACGAGGAAGGAGCCGGAGCUCUCGCAAGCGAAGCAGUACAACGAAUGGAGAUCACGCUGGACAUGCUCGCAGCGGUGCCACCAAGAUGAAGGAUGGGAGCGGCAGACGAACAGAAGGAAGAUCGAGACGAACAGAAGGCAGCACGAAACGAAAGACACACCGCAGACAAAACCUCAAGCAAAACAGCGACAGCCAACUUGGCGGUACAAGCAAGCGAGAUCGCAGCAAGAGUAACAGUAAGCAUAUGAGUCGCAGUGAGAGUCAGCUCCCCGAAGCGCGGGAACGCAGCAGAAGCAGCAGCACAAGUAAACACGCAAAGCAACCAGCUGAAACGCGCGAACGGAGCAAAAGCCACAGUAGGAGAGACUCUGCAACCCACAAGGCCAAAAGAGAAGGGAGCCGAAGGCGACUCAGCACGAGUGAACGGCGUCUCGAGGCCAAGGAAGGGCGCGAACGGAGUCGAAGCACGAGCAAGGAGAGCCGUGAAAGCGAUCAGGCGAAACGAAGCAGCAGCAACAGCAAGCGUUCAAAACAUCGAGCAAGUCAUCCCGGCAAUCGAGAAACUCGCGAGAGGAGUAAGAGCAAGAGCAAACGAUUGAACCAUCGCCACCUUAUGAACGACGGAAGCAGCAAGAGUCUUGGGAACAGGGACCUCCGAGAAGCAGGGGACCACCACAGAUCCAACAGAAGGAAUACUGAGCGUUUGCACCAAACUGCAAAGCACUUGAACCACAGAGAACGAAGCAGAAGUAAGAGCAAGAGCACGCGAUCCGGGGGCGCAUUAGCCAAGGGCCCGAGUAUCAGUAGAAGCCAAACUCACAAUGAUUCGGAGCGUAUUCGUCGGCGCAGAAGUCUAGAGGGUGUACGGCGAAGAAAAAGUGUUAGCAAUCUUUCAGCGGAUGCAAACCAGCUUCCCGCCAAGCAAGACAAUGGCGAGAACUUGAGGAACGCAAGUACUAGCCUUGAACCGGGAAAGCAACUUGACCGAAAGGAAAGGAGAGCGAGUAGACGGGAGCCAACCUCGCGUAGAAAAGCCAGCGAAAGGAUGCACAAGAGCGCAGGGAACCUUGACUUCCGUCGUACCUUGGACGAAGAGGAUAUCGUCGCUAGAGACAGCAAGACGAAGAAGAAGGCCACCAUGAGAAGGCAGGUCAGCGAUAGCACGCUUGUUGUGCACGACAAGACCAAAGCCGAAAUAACGAUUACGGCCGAAGCUGCUGUGAGGGGUGGAACUAGAAAAAGCCGUAGAGGCCACGAAAGCCACGGCGAUGGCAGCGCACGUCUCCAUCGAACUAAACAACAUGUUGCUUCUGACAAGAAGCCCGACGAUCACGAAUUGGACGUGUCCAUGGCGGAUGGCAGCCAGAGCACCCAAAUAGCGAGCAACGUGGAACCAGUUCCUAAAAGCUCCUCAAGGAGUCGCAGCCACAGUACCGAACGCAGCGAGAGGAGACUUGCCAGUCACAAGGCGAUUGCUCACAUUAACGCCGCUGAGAACAAGGACGACGCUAUCGUGGAGAUCCAAGGCGACUUGAUUUCGUCAGAGCUCGCCAACGAACCAGUCCGCACUUCCAAUCAGGAGAGCAACAGGACCAGCAAGGGUGAUAAACAAAAGACCCGAAAAACCCAAAGCAGCAGACCCAGGAGCCAAAGCCGAGAGCAUUCCUUCAGAAAUCACACUGGUGGCACCCGUGAGCACUCGAGAAGAAGCUCCACAGGGAGGGACAAAGAAAGCAGAGGAAAGCCUUCUCGGGACGGAGAAGAUGCUGCCACGGGGCGGUUGCAAGGCAACAAGCGCACGGACUCGGACCGCUUCAAGAGUAGUGGAAGUCGUGGCCAGAGUCAGGAUCGCAAGACAAGAAACACGGAAAAUACUGGUGGAAAGCCAAAGCCCCGUAUGUCCAGUACCCAAAAACUUCGACAAAGUCAUAGUGAGCGUCCUACACGAACCAUUGACAAAGCGAUUGUGGCUUCCGGUCACUCUUCCUCGUCCAGCGAGCGACAAGACCGCCGAGUCAGUUUUGAUCCCGACACGAUGGACGCAUCAGCAAUUGCUGCAACGAGUGGCGAAGUGAAGGGGAUCCUGAAGAAGAACAAAGUUGUGUCGCGGAAGUUCUUUCAUGAUGGAAGGAAAGUCUUGCCUGCUUCCGCUCCAAGCUCGCAGGCAUCAGAUUCUUCGAAUGACCAUCAUCAUCAUCCGCGAACCUAA